AUGGCGAAACUGGGGACCAAGGACGUUGGCUCAUUGUACGCCGGGGGAUCCUUGGGAUCCUUGACGUGUUCAGUGAUCUUUGACACUUGUAAGACCUCCGAGUGGAGCACGCCCUGGAUGGCUUUCGCCUACGCCGAUGUCGAGGGUAAGAAAUUCUUAACGAAGCAUCAAUACAAGAUUGCGAUGACCGCGAUGUUUGGAUUUUGUCCGGAUAAAUGGGAUAUCAAGCAGAUGUUGGCCGAUACUUCAAAUAACGGAAAUUUAAUCACCUUCCAAAAAUUCCAAAAUUCGGUCAGGAGGAAAAUCGAUUCUUCUGAAAAUUUUCUCGAUUUUGACUACUUCUUCACCUGCCUCGAUGGGAAUUCUAAGGGUUACCUAAUUUUCGACGAUCUGUUGACCGCCGCAGAGGAGGUGAAUUUGAAAAUACCGCCAGUGAUUCUGAAAGGCGCUUUCAAAGAAUUGGAUCACGACAGGAAAGGAUUUAUAAGAAUGCAUGAUUUUGUGGCAAUGAUGCGAUGCAGAUGA